CCGUGUUAUUUGAAAUUAUUUUCACGUAGUUUUCGUGCAUUUGACAUAGUUUUGGUCUCUCUGUGCGUAUCUUGUUAUUGUAGUUACGCGCUCGCACUCCAAAAGAAAACAAAAGAAAAUUGACUUGCCUACUUGACAACAACAAAAUCGACAAAUCACCAAGGCAAAGGCAAAAAGAAAGUAUUGCUAAAUGCAAAUAUUUUUUAAAAUUUCAAAGGUGACUAAACAACAGCAAUAACAACAGUCCGAGGUGUUAUUAGUCAUGAGUGCAUAAAUAAUGCAAAAAUUUAUAAGUAUCUGGUUUUUAAACGAACAAGUUAAACAAAAAUGUUGAACAAAUGUGUUGAGCAUGUUGUUGGCCACAUUGACGACAGCGGGUGGAAAGCCAAUAAGUGCAAAAUAGAUAAAUAAAUAAGUGCCGCAAAAGGCGCACAGCACCAAAAAAAAAAAAAGGAUUAAAAUAAACACAAACAACACAAAACAAUAACAACAGCUAAAAAUAGCUGCUGAACUUUUCAUUGCCAACACGCGCCACCCACAACGGCAACACCAACACCAGCACCAAUAGCAACAGCAGAAACCACAACAACAACAACUACAAUUACUACAACGAAGGUGGCAGCAACAGUUGCAAUUUGUUAGCCGCUUGCACAAGAAACGAAAGAAGAAAAAGGAAAACCUUCCCAUUCAUAAUGUUGGCCGUCAAGAAUUUCUUUUUGCCGGAACGCACCAAAGCGCCCGAGACCCCGCAGAGGUUCUCACGCAUGCCCGAAGCUUUUCUGCGCUCGAUACGGCGCCGCUCGUUGCGUGUGAAACGCGCGAAAAGUUUGGUUGUACCGGAUCGCGAGAAACGCAAAUCAGAUUCAUUUGUGAACAGCCAGGAAUGGACAAUUUCGCGUUCGGUGCCCGAUCUGCGUCUGGGCAUUGUUGGAUCUCUGAAUUCUGGCAAAUCGGCAUUGGUGCAUCGUUAUCUAACCGGUUCCUAUAUGCAAGAGGAAUCGCCCGAGGGUGGUCGCUUCAAGAAGGAAGUCUUUAUCGAUGGCCAGAGCUAUUUGCUUCUGAUACGCGACGAAGGCGGCGCGCCAGAAAUGCAGUUCGCUGGCUGGGUGGAUGCGGUCAUAUUCGUUUUCAGUUUGGAGAACGAGGGCAGUUUCAAUACCGUCUACAAUUAUUAUACGAAAAUGGCGCAUUUUCGCAAUGGACAGGACAUACCCAUGAUUUUGGUUGGCACGCAAGAUGCAAUCAGCGAACGCAAUCCUAGGGUUAUCGACGAUACGCGUGCCCGCAAAUUGGCAAAUGAUUUGAAACGUUGCUCGUACUACGAAACCUGUGCCACCUAUGGCCUGAAUGUGGAGCGUGUGUUCCAGGACGCUUGUCAGAAGAUAUUGUCGCAACGUUUGCCGUUGCCGGCCGCCGUGCAGCCGCGGCCAACGACGCCGCAAGGAACUCGACUGGGCAUAGCCUCCUAUCAGCAUAGCAGCAGCAGCAGCGGCAGUGGCAGCAAUGUGUCCACGGCAGCCAAUGGUGGUAGUGGUGGUGUGGCCGGCAGCAAUUUGUCGCUGCCACCGCGUCAGCACGGACUGUCGGCGUCCACACAACACAUUCCACUGCGCAUGAGCGCGGACUUCGUGAAUGCGGAGCAGAAGCUGUGGUCCAUGCAGCCCACGAACGAGAACAACAACAUUACCAAAUAUAAUCCGACCCAACAGCAGCAGCAGCAGCAACAGUCGCAGCAAUCCCAACAGCAGCAACAACAAUCGCAGCAGCAGCAACAACAACAACAACAACAACAGCAGAAUGACAGUUUUCUAGUGACGUUGCGUGAUCCUCGGGACCUGGCGCCGCCGCCAGGCAAGGAACUACCGACGCCCAACUCGACCCCCACCACCAGUCGCAAGAGUCGUCGACGCAGCAAUCUGUUCAUACCCAGCUCCUCGAAGAAGAACGACAAGGAGCAGAAGGCGAAUGGGGAACUGGGCAGUGGACGCUCCAUACCCAUCAAGCAGGGAUAUUUGUACAAGCGCUCCAGCAAGUCGCUGAACAAGGAGUGGAAGAAAAAAUACGUAACCCUCUGUGAUGAUGGGCGUCUCACCUACCAUCCCUCACUCCACGACUACAUGGACGAUGUGCACGGCAAGGAGAUUCCCUUGCAGUGUGUGACGGUCAAGGUGCCGGGUCAGAAGCCACGCGGUUCCAAAUCCAUCAUAACGAACAGUGCGCUGACCACAUCGCUGCUGGCCAAUGGCAAGUCGCAGGCGGCCCUGAGCGAGGGCAUUGGAUACCUCACGCUGGCCAAGGACAACCAACGCAAGCUCACGGAGAAACUCUCCCUCACCGCCGCUUUCGAUACGCUCAAGGGUGCGGGUGGGGCUGGCGCUGGAGCUGUUUCUGUCGCGGGCGAGCCCGUCAAAUCCAACUCCUCACAGCAGACUAGUGGGGAUGAAGGCAUAGCCAUGUCCAAUUCCAAUUCCCAGACCUUCAUAGCGGGCAGCGAACGCAUCGAACUGCUGGCCGCACCCUCGACCAAUAACAAGCUGGAUGCACAAACCCCGAAUGUGAAGAAGCGACAUCGCCGCAACAAGAGCAGCAUCGUGAAGGCCAACGAGGCCGACGACAACGAUGGCUAUGAGUUCUACAUUGUCUCUCUGGACUCGAAGCAGUGGCACUUCGAGGCCGCGAAUUCGGAGGAGCGUGACGAGUGGGUCGCGGCCAUAGAGCAGGAGAUCUUUAAGAGUCUCCAGAGCAUCGAGAGCAGCAAAAUGAAGCCCGCUACGAGCACCGAACUGGCGGCCAUGCUGGCUAUACGAACACAAGUGCCAGGCAAUGGCAACUGUGUCGAUUGUGGAGCGCCAAAUCCUGAAUGGGCGAGUCUUAAUCUCGGCGUGCUCAUGUGCAUCGAAUGCUCGGGCAUACAUCGCAACCUGGGCUCCCACAUAUCGAAAGUGCGCUCUCUGGGCCUGGACGAUUGGUCUGCCCCCCAUCUCAGCGUCAUGCUGGCCAUUGGCAAUAGUUUGGCCAACUCUGUUUGGGAGUCGAAUACGCGACAGCGUGUCAAGCCCACAGCUCAGUCCAGUCGCGAGGAGAAGGAGUGCUGGAUACGCAGCAAAUACGAGGCGAAGGAAUUCUUGGCCCCACUGUGCAAUACACAUACACAUACGCCCGGGCAGCAACUGAUUGAGGCGGUCAUAAGAGCGGACAUAAAGUCCAUUGUUUCCAUACUGGCCAACUGCACCCACACUGAGGUGACAAAUGCGAAUGUGAGUGCUCGGGAUGUGCGGACGCCCCUGCUCUUGGCCUGUGCCAUCGGCAAUCUGGCCAUUGCACAGCUGCUCGUCUGGAAUGGGGCCAACAUUAGACACACGGAUCACGAGGGCCGCACCUGUCUGGCUUAUGCGCGGGCUGCCCAAUCCCUGGCCACGGCCAAGUUGCUGAAGGCAGCCGCACAGUCGGGCGCAGCUGCAGCGCCGCAGCCGACGCCGUCGUCGACGCCCGCCAAUGGCGGCAUACCUGCUCCCCAAUACAAUGUGGAGGAUACGACGGCGCUGGUCGAGCUGCUCGUCGGUCUCGGCUGUCCGGAGUCGGCGCCGCUGACAGCCAGCGGCACGCUGCCGCGCAGACGCGACACACUCGGCACGCCGUACGAGAAGUCCGUGUCGGGCGUGAUUUAAACACGACUUGCUAAAGGGAAAAUGGAAAAAAUGUAGUUGAAUUAUUUUAAAGAAUGGGAGGAAAAUUAAUUUAAUACGCGUAAUAUUUGUAUGUAAAUGUGAAAUAUUUUAUUUGUUAUUUGUGUGUAAUUUUUAAUGCGAAAUUAGUUUAAAUUGUGGCGCGCAUCGAGUGUGAAAGAAAUUCUUGUAUAGCAUCUGUAUUGGAAAAUGUAUUUGAAUAAUUGUGUGUGCAAAUUAAUUAAGUUUACUGUUUGGCAAGAAUUGAAAUGGAAUUCACAGUAGUUUUAUUUAUGAUUUUUAAAUUAAAUUAAUUCUACAAUUAUUAAUACGCUUAGCCCCUAAGUCUCUCUGUACAGUCUGUUGUAAUCUCAGCUCUCAUUAGUUAUUGCAUAUAAUUUAUUAUUUUGUAUUAAUGUUGCUUUAGUUGCUUUGUUUUAAAUUGUGCUCGCAGGUUUUAGAUUAGACGAUUACCAUAUGUUUUAUGUUUUUUAUUAGCUCUCCUAUUAAUGUUAGUUUUUGUUUGCGUUACUCGAAAGACCUCAGCACGUUAAUUGAUUGAUUGAAGAAAGAAGCAGAGAAAUUAUUGUUUUAAAUGCAAGUUCUUAUGCAAAAGACUACAUUGAAAAAGUAACAGAUUAUAUAUACAUUAUAUACACUCUAAUAUAUACACAUACAUACAUAUACGUACUAAACAAAGGGAAUCUAAGAUUAAAGCCAAAAACAUGAACUUAUACUUAUAUAUAUAUUCAUAGUUGAAAUUGCUUGAUAAUCGAAUCGGUUAAAACACGCUUAAAAUGUAGUUUAUGAUGAGGAAGAACCAAAAUCUACAGUAAAACCUAAAUAGAAAGCAUCAAAUCUAAAUACAAUAUUUGUUGGACACAAAACUGAUUAAAGUAAUGCUGUAAUUUGUACUAAAAAAAAUAGAAAUUUAUAUACACAAUUUAUGAAGUAUAUACGAAUGGAUCGAUAUACAGUGUACUCGUAUGUAUGUAGCACCACUUGAAAGUAUUUCAAACAAUUUAUACAACAUAGUUAUAAAUCUAUAUACACCCUAUAUGUAUACACCCGCGAACACUGAGUCGAUGUGUCAGCUAUUUGUACGAUUAAUACGGCAAGCCAGAAAAAAAUGAAGCGAUAAUGUAACGCGUGACAAAAAAAACCAAUCUAAUUGAAUGAAAAAAAAAGCAGCACACAAAAAAUCACACAAGAAAACUUCAAUAAAAAUCUAUAAAACUUUUUAUUUGAAA